UAUCCUUCAACACAGAAACAAUCAUAACUGGCUAGCUAUCUGAAGAACGAUCAUUUGGCUAAGCAAGAAGUUACUAAGCUUGUGAGUGUACACUAUGGAAUAGAAUGGAGAAGCCAUUUGUUUAUCAUAGCAACAUGUGAUGGCAGCUAACUACUUUCCUCAAUGAAUGUCAGUUCAAAUGCCUUGGGGGUCAGGAGAUUAGAAAUCCCUCGUGUGAUGCUCGAAAUGUAGUCUGCCGGUUCUUUUUGUACAAUACCUUCUCGAAGAGGGAAGCUUGUGAGUUCGGAGAGAAUCCCAUAUGUUCUUUCUCUGAAAGUAAAAGCAAUGGUAUUGCGGAAAUGUUUGCUAGUUAGCAUGCUAAUGUUGGAUAAAUAUCUAGCUAACUUGACCUCGACCCUGUCGCUGCAGUGUUCAAAUUUUCACCCUCUUGUAUGGUUUCGAGUUUUUUUUAAACAACCGAUUCUUUUCUUUCUCAUUCAGCAUAUGGACCAGAGCCUAAAGCGGCAGUGAUACAGUACUUGCGCAUUAUCAGGCAUUACUUAUUUAUACGUGUUGCUGUCAGCGUCUGUUUGGUUACUUUUAUACAAAACCAAAGAUUCUUAUAACUAACACAUUGUUCUAUCCUUGUCCGAGCCACAGUUGGCGCUACUGCUAACACCUCUCCUGGGCUGGAUUUUUGCUAUUUUUGAAAAUAAUAUAUUUUUAAUCAUGAUGCAUGCAUCUGCCUAUGUGACAAAGUUGGUGCUUUCAUCCGAGCCGAACAAUUUAUUUUUCGCUUAAGGCGAAAAUGUCCAACCUUCUUCAGGCUCCUCCACAUAUACGUCAGAAGGUCAUCAGCGGGAAAGGUCACAGGCAAUGCAACCAAGAUGGCGGCCUCCUUGUGUCACUGUUAUCAGCUGUGUGUCAGAAGAAGUUUGCUUGUCUCCAGUCCUUCAUAUUUGCUCCUACACAACAGACCUCACGUAUACAGGAUAUGUGGGUCUCUCACAAGUUCUUUACAGGUACGAUAUGCAUCAGACAGGGGAGGUGGCCGAAAGGGCUUCUUUGGGGGGUUCUUGGACAACCUCAAACAGGAACUCAGCAAGAACAAGGAAAUGAAGGAGAACAUCAAGAAGUUUCGUGAGGAAGCCAAAAAGUUGGAGGAAUCAGAAGCUCUGAAGCAAGCUCGGAGGAAAUAUCAAACCAUAGAGUCUGAAACUGUGAAGACGUCUGAAGUUCUGAAGAAGAAGUUAGGGACCUUCUCAGAGACUGUGAAAGAGGGUCUGGAAGAGGUCAGUCGUACAGAUAUAGGGAGGAAGAUCAAGGAGGGCGUGGAGGAAGCAGCGAAGACAGCCAAGACGUCUGCGGAGUCUGUGUCCAAGAGUGGAGAGAAACUGGGAAAGACCGGUGCCUUCAGGGCAAUAUCUCAGGGUAUAGAGAGUGUGAAGAAGGAGAUUGAUGACCUUAAUCAGAGUGGGCCCUACCGGGCCCCCAAAAGACUACGGAAGAGGAGUGACUUUUCAUCUAAGGCUGCAGAAAAUGAGAACAAGGUCUUCGAGGCCAAUGAGGAGGCCAUGGGGGUGGUGCUGCACAAGGACUCCAAAUGGUACGCACAGUGGAAGGACUUCAAGGAUAACAACAUGGUUUUCAACAGGUUCUUCGAAAUGAAGAUGAAAUAUGACGAGAGCGAGAAUGCCCUCGUCAGAGCGUCUCGUGCCGUCACAGAUAAAAUGACCGACCUCCUAGGUGGGCUCUUCUCCAAGACCGAGAUGUCUGAGGUGCUGACAGAGAUUCUGAAGGUGGAUCCGUCAUUCGACAAAGAUGUCUUCCUCAAGCAGUGUGAAUUGGACAUCAUACCCAACGUCCUGGAGGCUAUGAUCCGAGGGGAGCUGGAGGUUCUGAAGGACUGGUGUUAUGAAGCGACUUACAGCCAGCUGGCCCACCCCAUUCAACAGGCCAAGGCUAUGGGCCUGCACUUCCACUCUAAGAUCCUGGACAUAGACAACAUUGAUCUGGCCAUGGGGAAGAUGAUGGAGCAGGGCCCGGUGCUGAUCAUCACCUUCCAGGCCCAGCUGGUCAUGGUGAUCCGCAACACUAAAGGAGAUGUCAUAGAGGGAGACCCUGACAAGGUGCUGAGGAUGAUGUACGUGUGGGCCCUGUGUCGAGACCAAGAGGAGCUCAACCCCUACGCAGCCUGGAGACUCCUGGAUAUCUCUGCCUCCAGCACUGAACAGAUCCUCUGAGACCAACACACACAUACACCCAGGGCUGGAAGACUGAGGAGCAUGGAAUUUCCACAGGGACAUGAACAAGCAGUGCGGACCCUUUCAGCAACCCAGCUAACUCCUCCUCCAGCAUGGUUUUGGGUGGCCCACUGGGGACUGUCUCUUAUGGCUGCCCCUCAUGUACCAGACUGGCAGUGUUCACAGACCAGGAUAGAGGAGACCCAGACUGGAUAGACCUGUGUUCCCACUGGGUGACUCUAGGGGCAGUAGUCCACUCAGAGCAGUCGCUCUGUCCUUCUGUCUGUCACACCAUAGUCAGAUAAGUUGAUACUGUCCUCCUCCUCUCCCAGACAUAAUUCUGUUAACUGGAGGAUUGACGAUAAAGUGAAGGGUGUCUUUAAUGCUUCUCUGUCGAUCCCUUCCCAGUUUGGGGAGGACAUUUUGGAUGCCAUGUGGUCCACCAGUGCCCUAUACACACAUUUUCUAUGAUAGCCCAGUCUAAUUAUUGAAUUGAGAAAAUCUAUAUUUAUUAUUAAAAAAAAUAAAAACCCUGCUUCACCUUCAGACAUCUUGUUUGAGGAGUUUUUUUGUACCCAUUUGCUGUAAAAUGUUUAGGCUUGCCUUAAAUAAACUUGGACAUUUCUGCUGAUAUUUUUGACGGCAAACUGUUUAUUAUUAAAACCUCAACGAAUUGGGACUUCAAUGUAUGGCAUGAGCUUUUUAUUUUUUAGAGGACAUAAAUCCUAAAAGAUUUUCUGUUGCACCAAAUAUUAACACUAUUGUUUUAGUGUCACUAAUUAGCAUUCAGCCAUUUAGCAUCUGUGAACUUGGUGGUAUGGCACACAGUCGAUUUGGAAUUCCAUUGUUUUUUAUAAGGCCUCCAAACAACGCCAUGCUGCUAAACAGUCCUAACACAAUGGUGCCACGCAAGGGGCUAGUCAGACCUCAUUAUUAAUACAGACGUUUAUGUACACGUGGAUCCACCACUCUUCUGACAAGUCAUUGUAUUGUGAUUUGCUGCUAUUUAGCUUUUUUUCCCCCCAGAGAUCAAUGUAUGUCAUACUUGAGUGUUUGUUUUUAUAUCAAGCCCACUUGGCAUAGACAGAAGGCUCCACAUACUGGUGAAUUUUUAUGAUGGUAGUUUCUCGUUAUGUCAUGGCCAAAAUGAGUCAAAUUAAUAAACUUUUCUAAAUUCCAA